AUGGAGUCAAGGUGUGGCGCCCGUACCGCUAUUCGGACCAUGUAUAAGAAUCCGUACCUUGCUCGAUUCAAAGACAAAUGUAAGGUGCCACCCGAUUUCUACAAGAAGACCACAGGACUCACAGGUCUUUUCGUCAACCAGCAUCCUCAUCGUACUUUGACCGUAGUGUAUUCUCGUAUUCUCAAGGCCCUGGAGCAUAUUCCUCCCACUGCGGCUUACAGAAAGUAUACAGAAGCAAUUGUUAAACAACGCCUUGGAUUGGUUCAAUCCGAAGAUAGUAUUCCCACACUAGAAGAGAAGAUAGGAAUGGGGCAAAUCGAGGAAGUUAUUGAACAGGCAGAAUACGAACUAGAAGCUACAAGAGCCAUCAUAGAGUCGAGAGCAUGGGAACCGCUCGUCGAGGAGGCUCCAAAAGGCCAGUGGGACUGGCCAAUUGUGUAG